AUGAAUAAUCCAGUGAGUAUAUUUGAUGAUGAGGAGGGGCUCGAUGACGAACGUGCCAAAAAUAAUAAAUAUGACUUUAUUCCACAGGGCGUGAUUAGGAAACGUGGUAAUUCCGAGGGUGAAAAGCCCAAUCCUAAACUCAGGGCUUGCAUUUCUUGCAGAUUAAUCAUGUCAGAAGAUCAGGUAUCCGUUACGUUUUAUGAGAAUGGCUGUGGCAAUUGUUCGUUUUUGCAGAUGGACGGUGAUCACAGGCGUACUCUCGACUGUACCAGUGCGAACUUUAACGGCUUCAUUUCUAUCAUGGACCCGCAAAAAUCGUGGUCUGCAAGAUAUAAUAAUUUAAGUGAUUUGAUUCCUGGAUGUUAUGCGAUAUCAGUGAAUGGGACACUCCCAGAAUCAAUCAAAGAUGAACUUCUAGAAUGA